AUGAGACAGAGCGGCGCCUCCCAGCCCCUGCUGAUCAACAUGUACCUGCCAGAUCCUGUCGGAGACGGUCUCUUCAAAGAAGGGAAAAGCACGAGCUGGGGGCCGCUGAGCCCCGCAGUGCAGAAAGGCAGCGGUCAGAUCCAGCUGUGGCAGUUUCUGCUCGAGCUGCUAGCCGACCGCGCCAACGCCGGCUGCAUCGCGUGGGAGGGCGGCCACGGCGAGUUCAAGCUCACGGACCCUGACGAGGUGGCGCGGCGCUGGGGCGAGCGCAAGAGCAAGCCCAACAUGAACUACGACAAGCUGAGCCGCGCGCUGCGCUAUUACUACGACAAGAACAUCAUGAGCAAGGUGCACGGCAAGCGCUACGCUUACCGCUUCGACUUCCAAGCCACCGCAGCGCUCUACCCGAGCCCGGGCUUGCAGCCCCCGCCCGGGCCCUUCGGCGCUGUGGCCGCCGCCUCGCACUUGGGGGGUCACUACCACUAGACGGGGCGCCCGGCCGCGCGCGCGGCCUCCCCGCCGCCUUGCCCAGUCCCAUCCUCACCCCGGGGAAGGGAUGAGUUCGCCCCACGUUCCUUAAACCCAGAUUUUACUCCGCCCGCCGCCCUACCCCCGCAUCGGACGCCACCUCAUCCUCCUUCAACUCUAGAUUUGCCCCACCUCGUCCCGAGCCCCCCUCUUUAUUUUACCUCGCUCCUCUUUUUCUCCACCUGACCUCGCUCUCGCUCCUAGAAGCCCCCUCCACUGUGACCUUGUUUCUCAAUUCCAAAUCUUUUUUCACUUUUUCUCUCCCCCACGGACCUGUCCCUCCCGGCACCUGGAGGCCUCUUCCUGGGCCUGGAGCAGGUUUGGCAAAGGCCACAGCCCCCCAAGACUCCUGGGCCCCGUCUCCCCCCUCCCCACGUCCUGGGGGAAGAGCCCGGUGUGUUUCUAUUCCCUCUCGGCCCCAUUAAAGCUCCCCAGCUCCC